AUGUUCAUUAGAGGUCCGAAUGUGGAUGAGGACCUCGCAGGGGGCUGCAUUGCGCACUUGAAUGUCUCCACGACACCAGAAUCGCCCGGCGCAAAGGAAAUACGCGGUAGAACUCUCGACAAGUCUUCAGAACCUCGAAAGCGUGCCGAGACGAUCAACUUAACCAAAGCAUGGCUCAAUAGGUGCAACGACUUUGACCGUCGAUGCUGUGGCAAUGAGCGAAGGGGCCUGCCUUCAAGAGUAGUUGAUAUCGGAGGAACGAAGCCGAAGCUCGUCGAAACCCAGGGAAAGCGAGGCAUCUAUGUUGCUCUGUCAUAUUCUUGGGGCGGUGCCACAUCGCGAAUGUUCAAGUUUACAACAGACACCGAAGCCGCUUUCAAAAAGGGCGUUGCGUUAUCGAAACUCGCCAGGACGCAUCGUCAGGCAAUCCAGGUCGCGCGCGAGCUGGAAUAUCGGUAUAUCUGGAUUGAUGCGCUUUGCAUCAGGCAAGACGACAAUAAGGACUGGGCAGACCAGGCCUUGCUUGUUCCAGAGAUAUACAACAACGCGGAUCUCACUAUCGUGGCUGGAGUGAGCAGUGAUGCACGAGAUGGGUUUCUCGACAUUGGAUCCUCGCCAGACGAAGCAGCAUGCCAAGUUCCGUACCAAUGCGCAAAUGGCAACGAAGAAGCCACGUGCUGGCUCAGCCUUCCACGGGACCGCAGUAUUGGUCCUACGACCGAACGUGCAUGGUGCUACCAGGAAUCACUGAUGGCUAGACGAAUGAUCAUCUACGGAAGACAGCAACUUAUCUUUCGUUGCCGUGAGCGCGAAGAGUUCGAGGACGGCUCUUGUAACUUUGUUGGAGAAGCGGAUGUCUGGUAUAACGAACUAUUCCCAGCUCUUAAUGCUUCCAAUCUACCCCCGGUUCAAGAAGACCAUAAACCACGGAACCGCGUUCAGCUAGACUCUCGUCCAGCAACUUAUACUGGCCCUUCAUUUGGCCAGGGGCAGCGAGGGUUGGGACUUGCUGACACAACAGAUCCGGUCCUUCGACGGUGGUAUUCUGUCACAAUGGAGUAUUCUACAAAGAGCUUCUAUGACCCCUCCGACAACCACGCCGCUCUCUCUGGUGUCGUCCGACUAUUCAAGCAGGCCCUCAUUAGCAGAUUUGGACGUGGAUCAGAUAGGUACAUGGCUGGUCUGUGGGAAUGUGAUAUGAUAUGCGGAUUACUGUGGAGAAGUCGGCGUAUCGUCGACGCUCACUUACCAGCACUCACAGUUCCUGAGUACAAGAAGAAGACUAUCAGAAAAGCGCCAUCGUGGUCGUGGAUGGCACUCGUCGGACCCAUCAGCCAAGGAGCUGGCGCGAAAACAGAUGAACUUGCCGGAUUUGCACGGUACGGGACACCAUGUUGCAAACCCGGCAAUCUGAAACGUAAUAGUUGGUGUCAGAACCCUGAGGGAUGGGAGUACAAUAUUGUCGAGCUCAAACACUUCCCAGACCCAUACGAGCUCCAGGUCUACGGCUACAUGCGCGAACUGCGGAUUUCACAAUACAAAACUCAAGAUCAUCCUGAUCAUGGCGUGCGUUGCAAGCUUUAUCCGCGGGAUGCCUUGAACAAGCACACGUUCCGUCUGGAAGCCAGCGAGAGACGGCCUUUGAUUAAAGGUCGUGGAGACCCCAAUUCGAACUGGUCGCUCAUUGCAGCGACGGGGUUUUUCGACCAGCAGACCACGAGCAAUCCUCGGGAAAUGUGGGCGCUCCGUCUUACCUCCGAGGAAGGACUGCUUCUAAGAAAGCUCUAUCCGGGAAAGAUAAUUUUUGAGAGGCUGGGAAUCUUUUUCAUUGAGAAUCCAAAGGCCUUCUAUCCGGAUGAUUUAAAUCUUGUUACGGAUCGGGGUCGAUAUCGCAUCCCGGAGGACAAGCUGCCAGUUAGCAAGGUCAUUAUUCACUAG